UAGAUGAAGACACCGGCAAAAGUUAGGUCAACUAUUCCUAGUAACCACCAGAGCGCUCUACAAAAGGCAAUUCUUUCCGUCCGAGUUUAUGACUUAGUCACUCACUCAACCUUUGCAGCCCAAACACCUUUUUUUUUUCGGGGGUCAAUUCAGACGAUUUGGUGCUUAAUUACAUUAAGGAAAAUAUAUCCUUAUGGGGAGUGUUGAUGAGAUUGUGAAAGAUAGAGCGCACGACCUGGAAGAUACUAUAUUUGUUGCGGUAGGGAAGAAUGUAGAGAAGAGUAAAACGACUUUGUUUUGGGCUGUGCAGAGCUUUGCAGGGAAGAAGAUAUUUGUGCUUCAUGUUCACCAGCCAGCGAGUGCUGUUUCAUUGACUGACAGGAAACUUGCUGUGAGUAAACAGAAACAAGAAAUGAUUAAGGCAAUCGCAGAGCUUGAAAAGAAAAAGAUGCUUGAUGUUCUAAAUCAAUACUGUUCCAUUCUUGCCCACGGAGGGGUAAAAGCAGAUAAAGUAUGGAUUGAGAUGGAAAAUAUUGAGAAGGGGAUUGUUGAGAUUAUUGCUCAGUAUAACAUUAGAUGGCUCGUCAUGGGUGCUGCGGCUGAUAAAUACUAUUCAAAGAAACUGACAGGGCUAAAGUCCAAGAAAGCAAUAUUUGUAUGCCAACAUGCACCUAUUUCCUGUCAUAUUUGGUUUGCUUGCAAGGGUUGUCUCAUUUACACAAGGGAAGGUAGAAAUGACAAAUCUGAACCAGAGAUUGCUUCUCUGCUGCUGCUGGAUUGCGAGUUAAGAAAUGAGCAACCAGAGUACUUGAGAUUGGGAUCUUUUACACAAACCUGUGGGUAUGUAGAUGCUGUGGAGGGUCCUCAUGACUUGGAAGGAAUACUAGGAAGGUUCAAUUAUGAGUGUGCUGUGCAUUCUAGCCAAUCAAGUAAUAUGGUGCUUCGAGCUUCCAAAAUGAUGCCACUGAUUGAUGAGUUUUUGCAGGAAGAAAAAAGUAAAGGAAAAACAACUGAAAAACCUUAUCAUGAACUACAACAAACAAUUGUAGAUUCUAAAGACUCAAAGAAAAAGGCAUUUGAAGAGGCAGUGAAGCGAUGGAAAGAGGAAGACAAUGCUAUGGAAGCUAAAUGUAAGGCAAAAGCAUUAGAAAAGUUAUGCAUUAAGGAGAUAAGCCUAAGAAAAGAGAUGGAGGAAGAGUUGGCUAGGGAAAAUGAAGUAGUAGAAAGGACACAGAAUCAAUGCGACGAGUUUAUAGAAGAAGUCCAAAUGGUCCAGGAACAGAAGUCUGUACUUGAGAGCCAACUUUCAGAGUGCAAUUGUAUGGUGAAGGAUUUGGAGGAGAAAAUCAUCUCAGCUGUAGAACUAUUGAUAAGUUUCAAGGCAAAAAGAGAUGCUGCACGGAUAGAGUAUGAAAAUGCAAUGAGGGAAGUUAUUAGGCUAAGGAAAUUGGCAAAAAUGGAAACUGUUAGUUUUUCCAAGUCUGAAAUCCUUGAAUUCUCCUUCAUGGAGAUCAAUGAGGCAACACAGGAGUUUGACCCAUCCUGGAAGAUUGGAGAAGGAAGAUAUGGAAUUGUCUACAAAGGGAUCCUUCGCCAUGUGCAUGUCGCCAUCAAGAUGUUACCUUCAUAUGGCUCUCAUACCCAGUUAGAUUUCCAAAAUGGGGUUGAGAUUUUGAGUAGAGUGAGGCAUCCACACCUGGUGACAUUAAUUGGAACUUGCCCCGAGUCUAGGUCACUUGUCUAUGAGUAUGUCCGAAAUGGAAGCCUUGAAGAUUGCCUUGCUUGCAAAAACAAGACAAUGCCACUUCCAUGGAAAGCUCGGUUACGCAUUGCUACAGAGAUAUGCUCUGCUCUUAUCUUCCUUCAUUCUAAAAAGCCUUGUAUCAUACAUGGAAAUUUAAAGCCAUCCAAAAUCCUCCUUGAUGCUGACUAUGUCAGUAAACUCAGUGGUGUUGGUGUGACUUAUUUGAUGCCACAAGGUGAAAGAUUAGGAACCAACAUUCCAAUUUCUAACAGAUCCAACUCCAAUUUCAUGUCUGUGUAUGCUGAUCCAGAAUAUCUCGACACAGGAACACUUACUCCUGAGUCAGAUGUCUACUCAUUUGGAAUGAUACUGUUAAGGCUUUUGACUGGGAGGCCAGUUUCAGGAUUGGUGAAAAAUGUAAAAUGUGCAUUAGAGAAAGAGAACUUAAAAGCGCUAUUGGAUUGUUCUUCUGGCGACUGGCCAGUUGAGCAAGCUAAAAUGCUAGCUAAAUUGGCAUUGAGGUGUUGUGAGAAUUACCGAAUGAAUCGCCCAGACGUUGCGUCAGAGAUUUUGUGUGUGCUUGAGACAAUGAGGGCCUCAUGUGUUGAUUUAGCUUCGUGCCUGGAUUCCAAGGAGCUACACCGGGUUCCAUCCCAUUUUAUUUGUCCCAUUUUUCAGGAAGUGAUGAAAGAUCCGCAAAUAGCAGCAGAUGGUUUCACAUAUGAUGCUGAGGCUAUUAGAGGAUGGCUGAAGAGCGGUCAUAAUACUUCCCCAAUGACAAAUCUUAAACUUGAACACUGUAACCUACUUCCUAAUCAUGCUCUUCAUCAGGCAAUUCAAGAGUGGCGGCGAAGUUGGUGAUUUUAUUUUAUGUUAUUUUUUAAAAUUAUGAAAUGUAUAUGCUUGCUGAUAACACAUUUAACCAAAAUGCAUUUCCAGAUACUAAUCAAGAUUUAACACAUAGUAUGAUGUAUAUAGCAAAUCUACGGUGUUAUCUGUAAUAUUGAAGUUUAUACAAAAGAUGUUUUGCUAAAAUUUAUAAUUCAA